AAAUGUUGUCAGGCAUUUGGUCAAGGGAAGUUACUCUUACAAGGAAGUGAGUAAAAUCACCUGACAAAAAUGACAGAGGAAGUAAAGGCACAUUUCACCAGACUGCUACAGAGCGUGGAUGGCCUGAUGGCAAUAGUGAUCACUGAUAGAGAUGGAGUUCCAGUUUUCAAAGUUGCAACAGAACAGACCCCGGAGUUGGUAUUACGUCAUAAUUUCUUGGGAACGUUUGGUUUAGCAGCCAAUCAAGCCAGUAAACUUGGAAUGGGAACAAAUAAAUCAAUCAUCUGCAUGUAUGAAAAUCAUCAGGUUGUACAGAUUAACCAAUCACCACUCCUCCUGACAUUUAUAGCAUCCAGCGAUACAAAUACAGGUCUCCUUUUAGAUAUGGAUAAUUCAUUUAAAGACAUUCUACAAGAUUUACAGAGGGUAGUGGCAGCAUCAUAGUCAUCACAUUGUUUAUAUUCAUCAUAUUAUACUACAUAUAUAGUGCCAGCCCGAGAUUUCUGUGCGUGUCUGUGAUUAUUUCCUGGUCUCAUCUUGAGCAUCCUACCAAAACUGAUGUCUUAACAGUUGUCAGUGAAAGAGUAGUGCAGCAAAAUGAAAAUAUUAGACAAAAUACAACAUUGACCUGUACUUUGAUAAGUAUAAAGAUUGCUUAGGAGAACUUUAUACAGCUAACACUCUAUCUCCACUUUUGUCAGUAGAAAAUUUUCAAAGUGAAUUACACAGAAUAGCAUGCUUUUAUUCCAUUAUCAAAUGAAGUUAUAGUGCAAUAAAUGUUAUCAAAUGUU